UCCGGGAGGGGGUGUGACAACUUGGUAUCAGAGCAGUUUGCUCCAUGGGAAUUAAGGUAGAGCGGUUAGCUCUAAGAAGAAACUGGAAAGUAAAUAAUUGAACGUCAAGUUAGCUUAAAGGGAACUAGUGGAGUAUGGUCUAGGUAAGGGUAGAAGUGAGUCCAAUUAUUAUUAAUACGUGAGUAGACAUUUAGUAUCAUGCAUUUGAGUUAAGUAUUUAUAGUAUGUCUAAUGUGUUGACAUAUUAUAGGAGUCAUGCCACCACGUACUGGUAGACGACGCCGGCAGAAUCAGGACGGGAUGCAAGGUCCUACCCAAGGUCCAUCUGUAGGGGAAUCUAGUACCCUAGGAGUUCGAGGUGGUGCAGGAAAUGAGCAGUUUGCGAGAACAACACAGGAAAUAGCAAGGACAGAUAGAGCAGAGCCUAGUGAUCCAGAAAAGGCAUACGGAAUUGAACGGCUGAAGAAGUUAGGAGCUACAGUGUUUGAAGGUUCCACAGAUCCAGCUGAUGCAGAGAACUGGUUGAAUAUGCUUGAAAAGUGUUUUGAUGUGAUGAAUUGUCCUGAGGAGCGAAAGGUUAGAUUGGCCACAUUUUUGUUGCAAAAAGAGGCUGAAAGAUGGUGGAAAUCUAUAUUAGCAAGACGCAGUGAUGCACGUGCUUUAGACUGGCAGACUUUUAGAGGCAUAUUCGAAGAUAAGUAUUAUCCCAGCACAUACUGCGAAGCCAAGAGGGAUGAAUUUCUGGGGUUGAAACAAAGAUCACUUUCAGUGGCUGAGUAUGAGAGGAAGUAUACCGAGCUUUCACGGUAUGCUGACGUUAUUAUAGCUUCUGAGAGUGACAGGUGCCGAAGGUUUGAAAGAGGGUUGCGUUUUGAAAUACGUACCCCAGUUACGGCCAUUGCUAAGUGGACGAAUUUCUCUCAGUUAGUGGAGACUGCCCUUCGUGUGGAGCAGAGUAUAACAGAAGAGAAAUCGGCAGUGGAGCUUAGUCGUGGGACUUCAACAGCUAGUGGAUUUAGAGGCCGUGAGCAGCGGAGGUUCACGCCUGGGAUAAAUAUUUCAAGCCGUCAAGAUUUUAAGAAUCGCUCUGGAGGCCAAGCAUCGAGGAACGUGAGUUAUGGUAGUGUUUUUCAGAGACAGAGCCAGAGAAUACCUAGUCAACCCAUUAGAUCAACAGUAAGAUUGCAACCAGGUCAAGAGUCCAUUGCUAGUACCGUCAGGCGAAUACCAUGCACGAGUUGUGGCAGGAACCAUCGGGGUCAGUGUUUGGUAGGUGCUGGUGUAUGUUACCAGUGCAGACAGUCAGGACAUUUCAAGAAAGAUUGUCCGCAGUUGAACAUGACAGUUCAGAGAGAUCAGGGAGUUGGGUCCCAGACAAUUGAGCAAUCGAGAGUUUCAGUGGUUCCAACAGAGGGCACCAGUGGUGCAAGGCAAAAGGGAGUUGUUGGAAGACCGAGGCAACAGGGAAAAGUCUAUGCUAUGACUCAACAAGAAGUAGAGGAUGCACCAGACGUUAUUACUGGUACGAUUCUUAUUUGUAAUGUACCUGCAGAUGUUUUAUUUGAUCCAGGUGCUACGCAUUCCUUUGUUUCUAGUAUAUUUCUGACUAAGUUGAAUAGGAUGCUAGAGCCUUUAUCUGAGGGGUUAGCUAUAUACACUCCAGUUGGUGACGUUUUACUUGUUAAUGAGGUGUUACGUAAUUGUGAAGUUUUAGUAGAAGGUAUCAGUUUGCUAGUGGACUUGCUACCACUAGAGUUGCAGAGGUUAGAUGUAAUUUUGGGAAUGGAUUUCUUAUUUGCUCAUUAUGCAUCUAUGGAUUGCCAUAGGAAGGAAGUGGUUUUCAGAAAACCAGGCUUUGCUGAAGUGGUUUUUAGAGGUAUGAGGAAGGCCGUUUCUAGAAGUCUAAUCUCAGUUUUGAAAGCUGAGAAAUUACUGAGGAAGGGUUGCACAGCGUUUCUUGCACACAUCGUAGUAGUGCAGAGAGAAAAACUAAAGCCAGAAGAUGUUCCUGUGGUGAAAGAGUUUCUUGAUGUAUUUCCAGAUGAUCUGUCAGGUUUGCCACCUGAUAGAGAGAUUGAGUUCACCAUUGAAUUAUUACUAGGAACAGCACCUAUUUCACAGGCCCCGUAUAGAAUGGCUCCAAGCGAGCUAAAAGAAUUGAAGAUGCAGUUACAGGAACUAGUUGACAAGGGAUACAUCAGGCCUAGUGUUUCGCCGUGGGGAGCACCAGUGCUUUUUGUGAAAAAGAAAGAUGGUACCCUCAGAUUAUGUAUUGACUAUAGACAGUUAAACAAGGUUACAAUACGUAACAAGUAUCCUUUACCACGCAUCGAUGACUUAUUUGAUCAACUAAGGGGAGCAACGUUGUUCUCUAAGAUUGACUUAAGGUCAGGAUACCACCAGUUGAAGGUUAGAGAAUCAGAUAUUGCUAAGACAGCAUUUAGAACGAGGUAUGGGCAUUAUGAGUUUCGAGUUAUGCCAUUCGGUUUAACGAAUGCGCCAGCGGUUUUCAUGGAUCUCAUGAACAGGAUCUUCCAUCGGUAUUUAGAUCAGUUUGUGAUUGUGUUCAUUGAUGAUAUAUUAGUUUACUCAGUUGACAGAGAAUCUCAUGAGGAACAUCUGAGGAUUGUUCUACAGACUCUACGUGAAAAACAGUUAUACGCUAAGUUCAGCAAAUGUGAGUUCUGG